GAGCGAGCAGGCGAUGUGAAGGUUUGGUGAAAGAGAGGGAGGCCAAAAGAGCGACAAGAGGGUAGAAGCGACCGUGACCUCUAAAUGUGCUAAGAAAGCAGGUGGUGGUGUAGGACUUGGGAGUUAAGGGAGUGGUGCUAUAGUUGCUUCGGCAAGGAUAGAGCGGUUGGGUUGGGAGAUGGAGACUUCCCUGAGAUGCAGGAGUGAUGCGAAAGCACUCUGUAUUCAUGCGAAGGAGAAGUUCCCCUUUCAGAAGAACUUCCUUUUUCAGGUUCAUGGAGAGCUAAACACAUAUGCUGGCACGCCUAGUCAUUUUUCCAUGCUUACUCGCUAUUUUAAUCCUGAGUUUGCUUCAAGUUUGGGUAUAGGAGUCAGACAUGAUAGGAAGGAGAAGCUUAUGUAUGACAUACAAGCGAAAAAGGCAUUUCCGAUUUCACCCAGUGCUUCUUUGACCUUAGAUACAAAAGGAAAGUGGACUUUUGACAAGGACUUCAUUGAGAAAAGGAGGAAGGGAAAAUUUGAGUUGACAUGGCGUAUAUUCAAUUUCAGAGAGGACCAAGAUAUAAGGCUAAGAGUUGGCUAUGAAAUGUUUGAGAAGGUUCCAUACUUGCAGAUCAGAGAGAAUAACUGGACUCUGAACGCAGAUGCAAAAGGCAGAUGGAAUUUAAGAUAUGAUUUAUGAUUCUCCCUUCCUUUCGCGUCUACUCAUAAAUGAGAAACAGCAUUGUGCACAUUAUUGUUGGUUUUGCAUGAAUUUCCAUGUAAUCUUCUUUAUAAAAGGUACUUUCCACGUUCAA